GACGUCGUACCCGACAAGGCCCUUAGAACUAGACGUGAGCGAUUUUUUCGUAAAGAAUUCAUCAAAAAAUCACCAAAAUCUGCAGUGCCAGUGUUUGAGUAUGUAAAUCGGUUAUGGGACCUUUAAAGUGUCUCAAUGACAGUAGACGUAGAUAAUGCACAAAAUAACCAAGGGACUAAAAAAGAAGAAAAAAGGGAAAAAAUCUAAAAAAGGGGAAGAAGAACUAUUCAAACCAGAGGAACUAGAAAACUACCGCAAGGAACACCAAGGAACUAGCGAAGAACCUGCAGCAAAAAACGAAGAGUGGAAAAACUUCUUAGCUCUCACUUCUGGAGUCGAUGAUAUAUUAAAAAAGACACAGGGAGACUUAGACCGUAUCAAGAGUACUUCAUUUUUUCAAAGAAAACCCACUGAGAGUGAAGUACGGAAAGUAGAAGAGGAAAAAUUAGCACAGGAACAGAAAGCAGAAGAAGCUAAGAGAGAACUAGAGCCGCCCACUCCGUCACAGUUAGGCAUUGUAGAAGUCUCCGAAUCAGAAUCCGAAGAGGACGAAGAUGAUAACAUAUUUGACACGACGUACAUUGAGGCCCUAGAAGCUGCAGACCUAAAGCUAGCGUACAUUCCAGAGUCACCAACUCUUCCAAACGACGGUGACGAUCCUUUUGAUACUUCAGCAGCUGAGAAAGCAAUUCUAGGACCAGAAUUCGAGAGGAAAGGUAAGAAACUCGUUCCUCUUGGUGCUGCUGUCGAGGUUUUAACAGGACGUGUGCAGUUGCCUACUUGUGCCACCAAAAGACCAACUCCAAAUAAGAGGCAGAUUCUAAAAGAGCAGGAUUUGCUGUUGCAAAGCUUUGACGAAAGUGCUCCAGUACCUGCAGUUGCUGCUGAUGAACCUCAAGAGAUUCAAAAAACUCUUCUAGACGAUGACUCUAUUCCAUUGCCAGAGGAGCCGAUUGAUUUGAGCAAUCCAAUACCAUUUCCCCAGGCUGUUGCUCCAGUUAAAGUUGCAGAUACUCAAAUCAAACAAGAGAUCGACAAUAAAAAGAAUAUUAUCUCUGAAUUUGAUGUUAUCUCGAAACUAGACGACGAAGACGACCUAGAAUUCGAAGCAUUAGCUGCUGAAAGUUUAUCCAGGCCAAUUGUAGCAAAUCAGAGUUUUCCAGUAGGUACAGGAUCAGUUGUUCCUGAAAAUAUCAAGUGGGGUGCAUUUGGAGACGAGCUAAAAGAAGAAGACGAAGACGUUCUUGCAGACGAUCCUUUCGACACAACUUUUGCUGAGAUAGUUGUACCAGAUUUUAACAGGGAAAUCGUAACCACUGGUGUUAGCUUAAAAACUAACUCAACAAAUGGAAAGAACUUUGCAGAUCCUAUCUCUCGAGUCCCAGAAACUGGUUUAAACCUAAUCAAACCAGAGGACCGAGACCUCCUUGGAGGAAGUAACAGUGAUCUCGCCACCAGUGUUUCAAUAUCAACACCCGCAUUUAAACCUGUAACAGAAAUUAAAGUAGAUAACGAGAGUGAUGACGAGUUUGAUCCAAGAGCUGAUGAAGAACCACGAUCUAGAACAGUUUCUCGACCAGAUGUGCUGAAUAUAACAAGUUCAAAGACUGUAUCUUUUGAUCUACCGUCGCCAGAUCUAAAUACUCUAAAUACCGAGGCAAAGAUAAUAAAACCUUUGACUCCGUUCUACACACGAAAAGUAUCGAUAGCUGAAGCGCCAGCUUCUGAAGAUCCUUUUGACACUUCUUUUGCGUCUAACGUUACACCAGGAAAGAUCGAGCUGCGAUUGAUCGAAAACGAGUUAUUUGAUCCGAAUUUAGAAAAGAAAUUGAGUAUAAAUGAUAAUAGCUUUAAUCCAAGAGACGAAGCUCAGACUAAAAUCGAUAAAGUUGUUAACACAAUAAAGGAGAUCUCCAAACCGAAACCACCAAGCACCUCUGAAUCUAUCGAUAUAGAUCUAUUGGCAAUUGACAAUGAUAUACCAGUAAAAGUUUUAACACCUGGUGCUUCGAUAGAACAGACAGAAGAGCUAUCUUAUUGUGAUCCUUUUGAUACAUCCAUUGCUUCAAAUAUCCUACCAGGACGAGUUGAGCUAAAGCUUAUAGAAAGUGAGUUAAUACCGUCAGUACCCAAUUCCAAUACCAUCGUAAAAAGAGACUUGUUGAUCCACGAUGCUGACGAAGUAAUAGAAAAGCCUCUUUCACCGUCUGCCGAAGUUUCUUCGACUGUAUCAUUCGAUACAUUUGACGAAAAUUACGAUCCUUUCGACACUAGUUGUGCUUUGGAUAUACAGCCUGGAAGAGCUGAAUUGAAAGUGCUAGAAUCAGAAUUCAUUCACAAUGCUGCUAACCCGUUCCUCUUCAAUGAGGAGCCUUACGUGUCUCCAAACUCUGGAUCCAAUCCGUUUUUAUUGGACGACCAAGGUAGCGACAGCAUGGGAUUCGCAAACGAUAAUCCAUUUUUGUCCCAAACUGCUACCACUAUCUCCACUACGAAUCCGUUUAGCUUUGAUCCGAUGGAGUUGGAACCAGCUGAAGCUGAGGUUCCAGUUGUGCAACAAUUUCCAAAUACGACACCGUUUUCUGCAACAGAAUCGAUUAUUACGGAGUCUGUAGUAACAGCACCACCUGAAAUGCCAAAAAAGCCUUCAGACUUGGAUUUGAAGUAUUCUCUACAAGCUAAUGCUAAUGGUCCACCUAGGCCACCACCUCCACGGCCACCACCAUCUAAAGAGACCCAGGAUUUACUCAUGUCCGUGAUGGGUGCGAUGGAUGCUACCAGUUCUUCUUUACUGGGUAAAAUCCCACCCACCAGAUCACCUAGUCCUGUAAAUAUGAGGGAUCUACAUUCCCCUAGUCCAACUCCGGAACCUACUGUAAGAGAUCUCUUGGACGUAAACGAUAAACCUCCAGAGAAUGUUCAACCUCCACAGGAAACCACACAACCUCACACGACUGAUCUCUUUUCUUUGAACGACGAUAAUACCUGUGACAUAAAUCAAAAUCCAGCAGUAGGCUUUGGUCAAGACCACUUUAUCCAGAAUCAACCAUUCAUCCACAAUGAACCGCUUAUCCAAAAUAAACCUCUGAUACAUAACGAACCACCCGUUCAAAAUCCAGUCAAGCCUCCUCCUCCACGACCAUGUCCCCCAGUGAGACCUCCAAAGCCUCCAUUACCUGCUCCACUAAUCCAAAAGAAAGAAGAACCUGUAGUCCAAAACAUAGAAGACAUUGAUAUGUUUGGUGUUGAAGAACCACCAAGAAAAAAAGAAGUUACCAAAGAUGAUAUCUUAAAUUUAUAUAAUGCUCCCAAGCAAGAACCAGUAAAAGAUUUGCUUUCUGAUUUGAUGGAAACUGAAAUACCUGCUCAGCCAGAUAUGACCACACCUUCAACUGAGACUGUUGAAGGUAACAAAGGUUUUUCGCCUAUAAAUCAGACACCAGAUGCCAAAGACAAUUUAACGCCAAGCGAACAAAAUCAAGACGAUCUGCAAAUGGAUUUAAGUGAUAGCCAAAGCAAAGGUUCCAUAUCUAGUUUUACUCUAAAUCCUUUUGCUCCUUCAGAAGACUUAAACGGACAAAAAGUAGAUGAAGAAAGUCGUAAUGUAGAGCAAAACACAAUGGAAAUAAAUGAAAAUAUUAAUAAUACAAACUUUUCUACAGAUAACAGUGGGCUACAGGAUGAUAUAUUUGGUGCCACUGAUCAACAAACCAAUUCUACGCAAUUUGGUGAUAUGAAUUUUGGGUUUUCUGAUACUUCAGUCACUAAAGAGCCAGCUCACACAGAAGCAAACAUUUUUGGAACACAAUUACCAAAUACAAAUACUGCAGAUUUCAGCAACACAUACACAAGUCCUGAUUCAUUCGGUAAAGCAAACGAUCCAAAUAUUUUUGGUACUGCACCAGCAACUAACGAAAACGCAACAGGUGCAUUUGAUGCAAUAAAUAAUUCUGGUGUGGACAUUUUCGGUGGUUCUAACACAACUACAGAUUCUUUUGGCACUGCAAACAAUAUUUUUGGAACUACCACUACCACUUCAGAUACUUUUGGUGCACUCAAUCAAAAUUCAAACGCGUUUGGAGCAGCUAAUGCAGCUACAGACUCAUUUGGGGCUGCAAAUAAUAUCUUUGGUAGUACUACUACAAGUACAGAUAGUUUUGGUGUGACCAACGCAAAUUCUAACGCAUUUGGGUCCAGUCACGCAAUUGGUGAUGCUUACAGUCCAGCAAAUGUAAGUGCGGAUCCAUUUGGUGGGAGCGAAAAGCAAGCAAACGCAUUUGGUGAUAGGAGUGAUGAUUUUGAUGACUUUGCCAAAAAGUUUGACUCUGCCAAAGUUGACGAUUCGGCAUUUGGAGGUGGUGCUUGGGGUAAUGAGUUCGUUAAUACGAAUGAUACGUCAGUUGGCUUUGGACAAGACGACGGGUUUGAUGCGUUUUUGGCGUUACAAGAACCGCCAAUGGUUCCACAAUCUACGCCGAAUAAAAUCAGUAAAGCUGCUUCGCAAGAAUCCGAUGAAGAUAAAGACUUUUCAGUAUUCAUUAGACCUAAAGGUGCCAAUGACAUAUCUGGGGACGUUCUUCCAAUUAUCGCACCCCCUCCCCCAACAGUCGCAGCCACAUUUGGAGAUACUUUCCCCAGAUUUAAUCCAUUCGACCAAAGUGAAGUGCCAGCAACUAUACAGAAUGAAGUUCCUUUCCCAGCCCCCACGACUGAAUUUAAACGUACAGACUCCCAGGAGACGCCUCCCACUCCAUUAUUCGACGAGGACAUGUCGAUGCCCUUGGAGCCGUUUCCCAGAAUUCAUUAUCCAGAAGAGGGAUGGGAGAUGCAUCUCCGGCAACCCAAUAAGAAAAAAAUUACCGGGCAGAGGUUCUGGAAGAAGAUUUUCGUCAAACUGCAGCAUCAAAGCGACUGCGUGCUUUUGCAGUUGUAUAAUCUGAAGGAUGAUAAGGAUCCAUUUCAGGAGCUUCCUCUACAACCUUGUUAUUCAGUUUCGGAUAUUGGUGCACAACAAUACGAUCAGUUCGGCAAAAUAUUCACAGUAAAACUACAGUACAUUUUUUACAAAGAACGACCUGGUGUUCGACCAGGCCAAGUCAAAAAAGCUGAAAGAAUUACUAACAAAUUGAGUCAGUUUGCUGCUUAUGCUAUCCAGGGAGACUAUCAAGGCGUUAAGGAGUUUGGAAGUGAUCUAAAGAAACUGGGCUUGCCUGUAGAACACGCACCACAAGUGUCACAAUUGAUGAAAUUGGGUUCUCUAAAUUACGAGGAUUUGAAACAGUUUUCAGUAUGUAUAGAAGAAGCGCUGUUCAAACUUCAAGCACAUAGAGAUAGGGCGUUACAUUACAAGAUGGAGGAGGUGCAAAUAACUGCGGUUGAUGAACUCUACGUCGAACAAGAAGCAGAUGGUCAUAUUGUUAAGCAGAUCGCUAGAGUGAGGCUGUUCUUUUUGGGUUUCCUGACAGGAAUGCCUGACGUAGAACUGGGAGUAAACGACAUGAGAAGACAGGGUAAAGAAGUAGUUGGUAGACAUGAUAUCAUUCCAGUAGUUACAGAGGAAUGGAUUAGGCUAGAAGAUGUAGAAUUCCAUUCCUGCAUCCAACAGGAAGAUUAUAACCAAACUCAUAUAAUUAAGUUUAAACCACCUGAUGCUUGCUAUAUAGAAUUAAUGAGGUUUAGAGUGAGGCCUCCAAAGAAUCGGGAGCUUCCUUUGCAACUUAAAGCUCAAAUUUGUGUUACAGGGUAUAAGGUCGAACUCAGAGCAGAUGUGCUAGUUCCAGGAUUUGCCUCCAGGAAACUGGGUCAGAUCCCGUGCGAGGACGUAAUGAUACGCUUUCCAAUUCCAGAAUGUUGGAUAUAUCUAUUUAGGGUAGAAAAACACUUCAGAUACGGAUCUGUCAAAUCUGCACAUAGAAGAACUGGUAAAAUUAAGGGAAUUGAGCGAAUCUUGGGAACGAUGGAAACGCUGCAAGAAAACUUGAUUGAGGUGACGUCAGGUCAAGCUAAGUACGAGCAUCAGCAUAGAGCCAUAGUUUGGAGAUGUCCCAGAUUACCAAAAGAAGGCCAAGGUGCAUACACCACCCAUAAUAUGGUCUGCAAGAUAGCCUUAACGAGUUAUGACCAGAUGCCCGAAAAAUUGGCCGAAUACGCCUACGUUGAGUUCACGAUGCCAGCCACACAAGUCAGCCACAUGACAUGCAGAAGUGUCAGUCUUCAAAAUUCCGAUAGCGAUGAGCCACCAGAGAAGUACGUGAGGUAUUUGGCACGACACGAAUACAGAGUGGGAAUAGAGCACACAGAGGGCGACUCACCCAACGCUUACGCUUCAGCGACGUACGUCUCAAAAACUACUCCAGCGCCCGCCCCACCGGCUCAGCCAGCUCAGCCAGCUCCAGUAGCAGAAGAAUCUAGCUCCGAUAGCGAUUAAAGAUAUUCCAAGAACAAUCGUAGAAUAGGUACUCUAAUUUUCUACGAGUUUAGAGUAAUUACAUCAGCUGUAAGAAUAAAAAUAGUUUACAGAGUUUAAAAAAGCUGCUGUUUGAGGUUACUUGCUGCGUGCCGUUAAUACAAGGACGAAAUUUGAAAAAUCAAGUGGGUACUCCCCGUUAAUAUAGGCAAAAUGCUCGCACUCCCAAAAUUACAAAAAAUAAGACAGCCAAUUUUAGCCCGCUACCCCCCUACCUCGUCCUACCCACACGCAUAUUUGCGGCUUAAUUUUUUUUUUAAUUUUUUUUUAGACCAGUAGGUCGAAUGUACAUAACCUAAAUCUGCAUUUUUGUUCAAAAAGAUUAAAAUUAUAAAAAAAAAGAUCUUGAUUUCAUCUAUUUUGAAGUCUAUAAAUUGAGAAAAUCCCUUAAAACUCCCAAAAGAAUAGUUUUUCGGGUUUUUGAAUAUGGCACCACCUUACCGAAAAAUUUGAAAAUAAUCAGAAAUAUUUUUUUAAAUAUACAAGAUAAAAAAGAAUUAGACCUGCAGCCAUCUCAAAAAAGAAUGUGUGUGUACUUUGUACGCACGUAAGAAGUUAUACUUCUAUUAUAUGAUUAUAUGAUUAUAAACGAAAUUAAUAUACUUUUUAUUUAUAUUUUAUUUAAAUAUUAAAUUAAUUUAUACUUACUACUUCUCAAACAUUUUUGAUUAAAACAGUGCCAAAAAUUAAAAUAAUAAAAAAAUAAAACACACACAAGUACAUUAAAAAUGCCACAAAUGAUUUCUGAACAUUAAUUGUCGGAAAAAUUUUUAACUAAAUACGUAUUUUCUGAAAAUAAAAUUAUAUAAUAAAUAUACUUACAAUCAUAAAAUGUAUAAAAAAAAAUAAAAAAAUAAAAGUUUCUAUUGGGAUUCGAACCAACUUACCAAGCGGCUGGUAUUUGCGUUGUAUUUUGAGUCACCCGCAUUAAAACUUCGCCACAGAGACAGCUUGUCAUUAUGUGCGAAGAUCGUCUAACUAAACAGAUUAACCUUUUGACAUUUUUAACUUAUGGACAAUUCGACGUAGAUCUCAGGAUCGAAUUGUUUUGUAAUGCCCCUUUGUCCGCUUCUUCUCGAUCGACGAUGGUAAAUAAAUGUUUGAGUGUGGAGUAAAAAUAUGGUUUUAUUGACAGCUACGUAAUUACACUAUAGAUGAUGUUCAGGUAACUUUCUAUGAUAGACUGCCUUUAAUGACAGCUACUGAUAAUAAUUACACUCGGCGUAACUUCUAACAACGACUUACGCACUUGUUAACGAGGUAACUAUUUCAAUUAGACUGCAACCCAAAAUAUUCCCUUUGGUUAAUUUAUAAUCUCGUCAAAAUAUACAAUUCAUCAAUAAGUUGCAUGACAACCGAACUACGGACUUUGCAUGUUGAAAGAUUGCAACUAUAGUUUAACGGAAGCUAUUGCAAAACUUAUAAAGUUCAAUUGGAAAAUAUAUUAUUUGGCAAUUUACUAAGUUUGCAGGUUUAAUGGACUCUAAUUAUUAAAAUAUUACUCGAUGUUUCCCAAUGUUUCAAUUAUACAUGGUGAAACUAUAAAAGUUUAGGAAGUUAAGAAAAAAUGUGAGAUUACAAAUUAAGGGACUAAUUUGAGAUUGAACACUUAUGUAAAUCAAAUUAUUUUGAUUUUGAAUUGAAAUGAUUUAGAAUUGAAAAAAUACAACAAAACAUAGAGUAAGAAAACAAUAUAUUAGGUGAAUAUUAUUUAAAUAAAAGUAUUACAUACUACUUAUGUAUUUUGGUAGGUUCAAGGUAGGUAUCGGAGCCCGUAUAACGACUAAUAAAUUUCGCAAUCACUUGCGUCGUGCAAAGUGGCUAUGUUCAAAUAUCAUAACAAAAUUUGAUCAACUAUUUAUAAAACACUUACCAGUGAAAGAUUCUUUAGCUCUGAAUAAGCGAGAUCUGCGGCACUCAUACUAGUCACAGUUUGAUGAGCUUUCACAUUGGCAUGCAACAAUCAUCUCUUCUAUGUAAAUAAGUCCAAAAAUAUAAUAUGAAAACUAUUUAAAAAGGCAGUAUAACCAUUAACUAACUUUUUGUUUGUUUGUUUCUCUUCCUACAAAUUUUAAAACGCAACAAGCAUACAUUAUAACCAAACCACAAUCCCACAGCUGUGCCACAGCUGCCAUAUUGGAUAAUUUUUGUCAUGUCAUUUGAACAUCCAAUCAGAACAAAGUUAUAAUGCGCAUGCGCCCGGUCGCUAGGUUUUCCCAUAUAAAAUUUCACCGUCAUUACGCCCGUAAAGAAGUAUAACUUCAAAAAGUUAUUAGCUGUUUAAAAAAAAUGCAUUUUUAGUUUAUAUACACUCAAAAUGGGUCUACAAAAAUAGACAUAUUUUGUAAAAGCCUCAACUAUACAUGUGAAUUUUUUGAUAUUUAUAAAUGGAUUGCCACACACCGAAAGAAACAAUUUGAAAAAAUUAUGUUUCAUGUGUAAGAAGGGGGAUGGUGGCCUAAAAUUACGCUAUGUUUUAUUUUUUAAUUACAGAAAACGUGAAAAAAUGAAAAAAAUUGAAUUCUGGGAGUGAAGAGUUUUGCCUUCCUUAACGGGGCCCUUUGAAAAAUCCAAAUUCGUAUACAAUAUUUGGAACUAAGCAAAUUAGCUUCAUCAAAGAUUAUUGUACUGCCUAUUUGAACAAAGUAUACCUUAAAUUAAAUAUUAAACCAUUGGCGUAACGUAACAAUUUUUGUUUAAAUAGAAAAUUAUUAUAUUUUUUUAACAAAAUAAAUUUUUCAAGGUAUGUGUGUAAUAUACUGUAAUAUAUUUAAUAUAUUUCAUUUCCGUAUUUGAAGUAAAUGUAAAACUAAAAACUACUAUUAGCUAUAUUAGAAUUGAAUCUAAAGUUAAUUCUGGACAAUACUCAUAUAUAACAAUAUCGUUUGACUUAAAAUCUGGAUGUCUUCUUUAUAUACACCUAUGAUUUCCCUUUUCCUUGCUAUGCCUAUGAUGUACAGUUAGUAAUUGCCGCUAAAGAAUCUUCUGUACUUAGUUUGAGACAAUUCUCUUCUGACUGAAUGUUUUUGAGGAUCCACUUCUUUUUCUAUUUCCAUCAUAAUUUGACUAUUUCUGGUCCCGUAAAAUGUUUUAGAGACUACUAUAAAAAAUCGAAACAAUUAUAAUCUUGUCUGUUACUUGUUUCAUCUUAUUGUCUUGAAAAUCAAUUGUGAAUUUCCGUUCGACCUUCACUGAAUUCUCUACACCAUUUGCGAACAUGUUGAACAGAUAUGCACUUUUACCCAUAAACUUCGAUUAGCUGUUGAUGAAGGUCAUUAAGUGAAAUCCAUUUUGUAUUUAAAAAACGUAUCAUAGAUAGCACGUAUUUCACAUUGUCGGUAACAGCGACCGGGACCUCAAUCUUCGAAAGCUGCUAGGCCGGCACUGAGCAAUGCAGCGAGGCGAAAGUGGUGGUUUAAGAGAGAGGGAGAGUUUAUGUGUAAGGUAGUGUUGCCAGAUUUCUCCCAUAACGUCACACUCUUUCUCAGUGGCAUAUUUAGAUCAAAAUAGAAGCAUAUAUUGGGACAUCGAGCAUUUUAAAUCAAUAAAAUUGUUUAUUAAUACCUUAUGGUUAAUGUAUAUCGUUUAUAAUAAAAUUCUGUACUUAUUCCUAGUAUAGAAGAUAAAAAUUAUUCAUGUUACCCAUUUAUAUAUAAAAUAUAAAGUAUAUUGCGAUGUAACCAUUGUAAACUAUGGAUCAUACGCUUGUCCAGAAGAAAAGUGACACAACUCAAAAAAUCUAUAAUUCCAAUUAUCUUGUUAAAUUGACUCCAAAAAUCCUAUACUUUUACCAGGAGGUGUCAUAUAGAUGUUUACUUCCAGCUUCGUAAGAUGGCAAUAGUGUCAUCAUUCAUUUGGCGGUAAAAUGAAUAUUUUUAUUGCGGAACAAUUACAGUUUUGAGUUAUGCUAACGUUCGACGUGAACCUAUCGUUAUUUACACGAAAACCGUUGUAUUUCGAGAAGUGCUCUAGGUAUUUUCCUUAAUGUUUAAAAAAGUGACCAACCAAUACAUUAAAAGAAAAGUGACAUAACUCAAAUUGUUCAUCUUUUUUCUUUGUUAAAUAAGAUAUCAUAGUUUGUUUGGUUUUGCUUCUUACCUAACUAAUAACAUUCAAUCAUCCAUAUUCUUCGUUUUUAAUUUAUAAAUAAAAAGUUGUUUUUUUAGUUGUGACACUUCUAUUCCGGAUGAGCGUAAGUCGUGGAUCAUAAAACAAGUGAUAAAGGAAAGAUUAGUUUUUGUAAUCAGAAUAUCGUAGCAAUAUGUUUGAUUGUGAAUUAAGUAAAAUAUAGAGGACUUUAGGAAGUAAAAAUGUAUUACGUAAAAUACAAACUGUUUAGUGUUUCAUUAGAUAUACUAACUGAAGGAAGCACUAAAGUCGGCAACAUUGCUUAUGAGAAUCAGUUGCACUGCCACUGUAGACUGACGAAUGACCAUGAUCACGCUUUACGGCAUCAAAAUAAACAACUACACACAGACUCGUAGCCCCCUUACACUUCAAUCCAGUGUAAUUACACAUAAUCUCACAAUCAAAACAUCGACACAAAGCUACCCAUCCAACAACUCCGGAUCUGAGAUGGUAGCUACCGCUCACGGCGCUUACAGUUCCGGCAAAGCAUCUCUUCAAUCCAGAGUACCUUUGCUCCGGUUGAAUUCCGACUCAAUCCGUAGCAUAACUGCCGCUGAGCUGAGUUCCGUUUUAGUUCAGUACACUAAGUGGAACUGCCUUGAAUCGGCAAUGAAUCGGCACGAAUAAGGUGCAUUAGGUGGGCAGUGAGAAAGCAGUGUUGCCAUUUAUAGGCCGUAUAUCUAAUCUAAAACUGAACAGACUGUAUGAAUCAUUAUAAAAAUAUUCGUGGAAUAUUUUGUUGUGAUAAUUGGAGACAUAUUGUAGGAGUUUAUUUUUUUAUUGGUGUUUCUUUUAUCAGUAUUAUGACGCACACUAAAACGAUGAAUAUAUAUUUAUAAAUACACCGAUACGUAUAAUUGUUGGCACUCAUUUUUCGUGCUCAUUUUUUGUGCUGACUUCUACAAGUUUUUUGAAAAAUACGGAAGCUACUAAUUGAAAAUUUGCAACUGUUCAGAGGCUGGUGACCAAAAUAGCGGAGUAUGGACAUGAAUUCGAUCUAACAAUGAACGUCAAGAAGACAAAAUUUAUGAGAAUAUCGAAAACUCCAAGAAAUAACGAGAAUUUUUUCAUAAUCGAAACAAAUGUCGAACGCGUAGAUCAAUAUGCACAUCUUGGAAGAUUGAUCAACUCCACAAAUGAUUAGUUUCAGGAAAUCAAAAUCAGAAUACAAAAGGCUAAAGCAAAUUUCAUCAAAAUGAGAAGAGUGCUCUCCACAAAAGAUUUAAAGUAGGAGUUAAGAGUUAGCUUGGCUAGGUGCUAUGUUUUCUCGACUUUGUUUUAUGGAAUGGAAGCUUGGACCUUGAAUGCGGCGUCAAUAAAAAUACUGAAAACAUUCAAGCUGUAGGUGUAUUAAGAAUUCUGAGAAUAUUGUAGAUAGAGCAUGUCACAAAUAUAGAGGUUCUGAGAAAGACGAAAAACACAAGGAAAAUGUUAAAUACAAUCAAAAUAAGAAAAUUGGAAAAUCUCGGACAUAUUACACGUGGAUAGAGAUGUAACUUGCUCAACUAAUCAUACAGGAAAAAAUUCAAAGAAAGAGAAGCAUCAGAAUAUCAUGGCUGCGCAAUCUGAGAGAAUGGUACGGAUGAAGAAGAACUCUAUAAGAGUUAUUGGUACGUGGUAAUCAUGAUUGGUCUGUAGAAGUAGUAAAUGCCUGGUGGUUUAUAUGAUUUUUUUGGCUUUUGAACGUUUGAAUAUCUUUUAGAAAUCAUAUAAAUGACAUAAAUGACAAAAGAAUCAAUCACGUUCUUUGUGGCAAUUUGUAUGGCACAUGUAUGACAUUAAGAUAGUUUGGAUCAACGGUAAAUGACACAAAAAAUGGUUUAGUAACUUUAUCUAGCCAAAGUAGCCUGCUUUUAGCUUUUGAAAUGUGGUAAAUUUGGAAAGAAGCUACGUUAAAUUGUUCGUGAAGACGUUUUUUGGUGCAAUAUUUAGAAAAAUGUUGUUUUCGAAAGUAUGGAUCAUUUGUGAAUCGAACUAUUCUCUCCUAGAUACGUAUUUUUGAACACUAGAAAGAUACAGAACCAUUCGAGUAACAUUUGUGGUCAGCACAAAAAAUAUAUACAAAAAAUGACAUGUUGUAAAAAAUUACAUUGUAAACAAAGUUUUCAAAGAGAUCUCACUAUUUUUCCUAAAGUUUUCUUUUGUCUAAGAUACUUUUUAGUAAAAAAAUAUUGUUCUAAAACCUGUAUAUCUGUGGUGCUCUACAUGGAUAUCUUCGUGUCUGACAAUUGGUUUUACGGUUCUUAUAUUUAGUAUCGUCGUAUCUCCAAAUCUGGAAGGUCAUGCGUAGGAACAAGAUCCAUAGACAAAGUAAUAGCUUAUAAAUACCUAGGUCAUGAGAUUCGUAUAGGAAAAGAUAACUAAACCCUUGAGCUUCUCCGUCGUAUAAGACUGACUUGAGCAGCCUUCGGCAAGCUGAACCAUAUUUUCAAAUCGUCUGACCAAUAUGUCUUAAAAGAAAGAAACCUUCAAUCAGUGUGUUUUGCCAGUGUUGACUUACGGAGCGGUAACGUUGACCAUGACAAGGAGAACAGUGUAAAAGGGCGAUGCUAUGUUGGGCGUUUCACUACGAGACAAGAUCAAAAACCGCCAGCUAUGACAAAAUCAGAAGUGGUUGAUGCCUAGAGAGAAUAGCAACACUGAAAUAGAACUGGGCAGGUCACGUGGGUUGAAUGACAGAUAAAAGAUGGACAAAGUGGAUACUGGAAUGGAGACCAAGAGAUGGUGCUACCGAAGCAGAGGUAAAAGAUUGUUUAAAAGGAAAUAGUAGAGUAAUUAGAUGAAAAUCCAUAUUAAACAAAGUAAGGAAAAGGAAAUGAUCUUCGAUUGAUCAGACAGGAUACUUCAACGUCGAUCUGAGCACCACCCUUUGUAAAAAUAUAAUCGUUAUUUUCAAGCAUAUCUAUAUACGUGAAAUGUAUAAUAAAACAUUAUUUUUAUGUACAUACGAUAAUACAUGCAGCUAGAGAAACCAAAGGGAAAAAAUAAAGGUAGAUGUACGUUAAGAAAAAAAUAUUAUACAUUUUGUUGACGGUUUGUAGAUAGACGUACAUAAGUAUAUUUAAUGUUAACUAGUUAUAUAAUUUAUUGGUUGUUUUUAUUUUUACGUUAUGUAUCUGUUGAGUGGGCCACAUUCCUAUAAAUGUUUCAAAUAUAUUUAAAAUUUUAUGAAGCAUAUUCAUUUCUUGGAAAGGACUGAUAAACAUUCCAACGUGGCAACACUGUAAAUUUUGUAUCUCGGUAGAUUCAAGACUGAAAAUGAAUUAGGACUGUUAAAAGCCAAAAACGCAGAAAAUGGAACUAAACUACAUGAAACUAACAAAGGAAUCCGCACACAUGUUAUGGAAAAUAUAAUGUUACUCAAAUCCAAUAAAAUUUACAUGAAUAGAUGCGUCCGGAAAUUACAAUAAUUUCGUAUCAUUGCGCCACUCUGAAUUUUUAUCAAUAACGGCGUAAAUUGAUAUAAAUAUAUCUUAAAUCAAAUGGGUGUACGUGAGUUAGAAAUGGAAAAGAGAUUUUGUGGAUCGGCAGUUCAUAAACCUUUCUGCAGAUAUUAAGACAGAGGCUUACUUUUAUCUUAUAGAUAAUAAAGUUAGGUAUAAUUUGGUCAGUCGUACCAAAGUAUAUAGUUCCUCUAAUCGGCUUAGCUCACGCUGGAUAAAGCUGUUUUCAAUAGUGACUAGACUAAUAGUAUUUAUUAAUGACAAUUUUGAGGACUUUAAAAAUGUGAUUUCCAUAAACUUUAAUUACAAUUUACUCCUUUAUUAAUCAAAAUUCCAAGUUGGCGCACUGAUAAUUUCCAGACUAAUUUAUUUAUGUAAAUUUUAUUUCGUUUGAGUGACAUUAUAUUAUCCUAAGAUGUGUGCGAUGUCCUUUAUUUUUGAUAGUUAUUUAGUACAGUUCAAAACAGUUUAAACAUGCAAGAAUAUAUUGAAAGUGAAAUGGGAAUGUGCAACACUCAAUUUUUUUGCGGAUUUGCUACAAAGGCAUUCCAAAUGGGUCAAAAGCUAGUCACUAAUUUUAAGGAAAUAAUAAUAUAUGAUAAAUUUAGCAUAGUAGAGGAAAAAAAUGUAACGAAUAUUGUGAACAUAAAUAAUUUAGCUGACAUGAUUAGAUAAACGUAAGUACCUAUGUAAAUUAAUGUAACUAAUAGAGAAAUACAUAAAUGAAGCUUUUA